UGUUCUAUAUGCAGCAUGCGCUUGCUCCGAAACGCCGAACAAUCUAGAUUUCUCACCUAUAGCCAUGCAGCAAUGUCAGAGCACAGCCUAAGCACCCGUUCGUCGCUGGUUCGGGUUUCCUUCGGCGCCGUAAAAAUGAAGUGCGUACCGUUCAUUCCAUUCAUUUCAUUCAACGAAAGUCGUGAACGUACAAGUUAAAUCACUUGAACUCUUCAGCCGAGCUGGAUGCAUGCGCGUGCGGUGGUCAUAUCGUCAGCAGCAUUUUUCGAACAGCAACCGUCACUGCUUCACCGGUCGCGAUCGACAUUUUCGUGUCCCUGCUUGUCUGAGUGUAGUAUUUGUCGCGCGAACAACUUUGACUGCAUCUUCGCCGAAAGGUGUGCGUUUUUGUGUCGAGAGGCAGUGAAACAGAAAUCAUCGAAUUUUAAUCAAAUGAGAAAGAUUUUUUGAAAAGUGUGAAAGUGUUGGCCCAACAUUCUAAGGAAAAAAAACAUCUCAUCCAUCAAGUUGUUACAGAAACGAAUUACAGCACAAAACGUACGAUUACUUCGAGCAAUCAGCGCUAUUAUCAGCGGCAGUGCGGCAAACGAAACGAGCGAAUCAAAGGGCUUUUCCUCCAGUAAGGCGUAACACUAACGCAUACGCAGCACCCGGGCCAUAACAAUAGCCGGUGGGUAGGUAGGUAGUAGCAUUCAUCCCGCCCGACUCCUUAUUUCGCCCAACGGUAGCACCAUUUCAGUGGAUUAGCGAAGCGAAUGCUCGCUUGCGUGUGCUGAUGUGCUAUGGCCUGUAGGAGCAGGCCCGCCAGCACCCGCUCACACCCGCAGCAAAACGUCCCGCGGGGCAGGGAAAGGUGGCAGUGCUGUCUGCGGCCUGUACGACAACAUUCCGCGCAUACGUGCGUCCCGCUCCCGGAGGCGCAUCGCAACUGCACCCGCCACACUCGCUGAAGGCCGCGCGAAAGGAUGAUGGGACGCGCACUGGUCGCGCACGGGACGUUUCUAGUGUGCUGCAGGCAGUGCUACGCGCAGGUGUAUCUAGGGCCGUGCCACAUGCUGGCCAGUGUCACCCCUCGCCGUAUCCCAGAAAGUAUAUCAAAGUGAAUCUUAGUGCUUGUCCUCCGCACCAUCCCACGGUUCUUCCUGCCGCCCAUAAUUUUUUGGUGCUUGUGUUAGUGUGAGCGUGGGAGUGCGGGUGCGUGCGUGUGUGUGUGUGUGUGUGUGGGUGAGGGCGCGAGGCGCAUCUAUGUGAGUGUGUGCACGUGCCCGUGGACGUCGCUCCACGAGAGGCCGGUGAAGGUUCAUGCUCAGUGGCAGGAUUCGUCGGAGGGCCCUGGCCCUGCUGGGCGCCCUCCUGCUGGUGAUCCUCGUCUGGCCUCCCUGCUGCGCCACGAUGCCGAAGCCGCUGUCCGUCACGUCCCCCCAAGCGCCAUGGGAUGUAGUGCCGCCAGCUCGGCCCCAUCCAGCCGCCGCAGUCAUGCCGGUCCCAGUGCAACCGUCGUGGACGAGCGGCGAAGGCACAUUCGCUCCGAAGCGGCACCACGUCCCGAUUGGCCUGGGGAGCGAACGGCACCAGAACGAGCAACACCAGCAGCAGCAACAGGAACCGGCGGAAUCCGAGAGCCGGAAGAGCCGGCGUGUCAGUGAGUUCUACCGCUUGUUGCGUGCCCUCAGUCCGGCCACCCAGCCUCGACCAACAUUUGAACCGAACGAACGAACACAGAGUGAAGUGAGUGCAGCAGUGCAGUUAAAUUUACCGCCGCGCGAAAAUAGCCGGGCGGGCCGCGUCGCGCGCGAUUAUUUAAUAGAACCGAUCGAUAAAAAUAAAUCCCAAUCGGCGAGACCGGCGAGUGCGCUCGACUUGCCGCAGGAUAAUGCGCCCGUCCGUGUGCACGCCAGGUUCGAUGACACGAACCGAUCGCCGGCACUGUCCCGAAGUAGACGAGAGGCGCUGCCGGCGAAUCCGCACCGUCACCAGCAUCAGCUUGCGCCCGCAGGUGCACCGAUGAAUGGUACCGGCGUGUGGCAUGGGCGGCGUGGUGGUGGUGGCCAUCGACACCAUCAUCAACAUCACCAGCAGCAGCAACAACAAAACCGGAACAUCGAAUCGAAUCUCGAGCGCAAUGAGCGUUCCGCCAACCUGUCGCACAUAACCGGAGCGACACGCAAAAUCCAGCUGUUCAUCAAGAACCGCUACAUCCAGCUGCUGCCCGACGGAACCGUCAACGGAACGUCGGACGAUCUCAGCGACUACACGAUUCUACAGCGGACAACCGUCGGGAUAGGGCAGAUCAAAAUUCAAGCUGUAGCGACGUGCCUAUUCCUCUGCAUGGACACCUGCGGUAGCGUCUACGGUUCGAAGGAAUUUACCGACGAUUGUAUCUUCAACGAGCAGAUGGAGCAGCAUCACUACAACACCUAUUCCUCUACGCAACACUCGAACGCGCGCCGAACACUUUACCUCGCGCUGAACAAAACGGGCCAACCGCGCAAAAUUCAGAUCCCGGUGAACCGAACACUCGGCAAGCUGGCCACCUACACAAAGGCGCUCACCCUAACGGUAGCCCACGAUCGGGUCGAGCAGCUGAUCUCGCGGCUCUUCGGUGCCGACCACGUACGCCACGGUCUCAACCACCUGUGCGAAACGGGCCAACCGUUGGUGGAGCUAACGGCUAAGGAAAUGCGUCCUAGGCCGGUGUGUGGGGCACAGGCCGGCCCUAUGAAGGGUAUGGCAGCCGCUACAUCGACAGGUGGUGGUGGUGGUGGCGGUGGUAAGAAGAAUGGCCAGCAGAACACUGCGGGCAAAGACGAGAAGGAGGGGCUACGACAGAAGAAGAAGAAAAAGCGGCGGAAAUGUCGGGAAGAUGAGGUGCCGGGAGAGCACUGCUUUCGACCGGGUGCACCAGGCGCGGGCGUAGGUGGUACAAAUAGUGGUAAGAAGAAGGCAGGCCCCAACCAGGGACAAUCCCGGGGCAAUAGUAGUAUUAGUAGUGAUAGCGGCAGUAUCAGUCCUAGCGGUAGCAAUAGUUCUGUAGGUAGCAGUAGCGCAGGCACCAACCAGUCAGCCAGUCUUAACAACGUCACCGGCAGUAGCAGCAGCAGCAGCAGCAGCAGUAGUAGUAUUAGCAACAGCAGCAGUGCAAAUAGUCUAAUAGCAAGUAUUAGCAACGGUGGACCCGUCCGUCCGGGUCAACCGUCCGCCCAACUCACAGCAACACCAAAUGCCCGGAAGCCGAAACCCACCAAGAAGCUACCGGGAGGACCGCGUAAUGGAACACAGCCCCCGUCCGGCGGUAACACCGGACCAACGGGCGGUGGUCCCUCUCGAAAGCCGAAGAAACCUAACCAGCAGUCCCAAAAUCAGCAGCAGCAAAUGGCAAACGGUAAGCGGAAUGGUACCGGUGGCAAUUCGGCCAAACCCAGUCCGGCCAAGAUCAAGUUGGUAGGGGCGAGUAUAGUAACGAGCAAGUUGAGCCAUCCAAAACCAGCCUCGCUGAUGAUCGCGCGGACAGUGCGGCCCACGACACCGUUUCCGUUGGUGACAGCACGGCCGACGUCCGGGUCAACGACGGUAAGCAACGAUCUGCUGGACACGUCCCAACAAUCCGACGACUCCGAGCUCGAUAUGGACGACGCGUUACAAGCGUCCGCCGAGCUCGUGGAUGAGCUGGACGACCUCGACGAAGUUCCAGGAUCUCCUACUGCUUCUUCCUGGCAUGAUUUGCUCCCCACCAGCUCGGUAUCCGAGCAACGCAGCCGCUACAAAGCAAUGUCCUGUUGUAACUUCCUUAGCCUAAGCCCUCUCGCUCUGUACGGUGUCACUGUGCAUUUGCUCUAUCUAUGAUCGGAGACUUGGAGGUAUACUGCAAACCAAUAGGCACGUAAACGAAAAAAAAAACUUGAACUAGUCCCAAAUUAAAACCUCAUCACAGUGCAUAUUGGGAGCUGGGCAAUGAUUUGUCACCGAGGAAAAGGAAAAAAGCGCUAACAAACAAACAUUGGUGAUAUGAACACAUUGAACGAAUUGGCAGCAAUGAUUAGUGAAGAGGAGGAAGAGAAAUCUCAUUCAAACGCGGUGACAAACCACUAAGGAACGGUAGAGACUGAUUUUUUUAAUUUUCCUAUUGUUGGCGGUAUCGCUUAGAUAAUACUGCCAAAGCUGAUUCAAGUUGUUUGUUACCUUGCUUUGCGUAUGCUUUGCAGAAUGUUUUAAGCCACCGAAGAACCUGCCCAAUGUCCAAUGCUUUGCUUUUUGUUUACAGUGCCACUGUUGUUUUCAUUACUUUACGCAAUCUUUUCGUUGCAAUGCCGCUAAUUCUCAUCACACUCGAAAAAAAAACAAAACACACACACACAAGAGACAAUGAUCACUCACAGCUUUUGGCUAUAAUAACUUCCAGCGCCCUUGGUAAAAGGGGAUUCCAUGACGUUCAUAACUGUAGGUUACACGAUAAACAUACAUUAAACGAUUGGUUGACCAAAGGAAAAAAUAUGAUCCAAUGUCCUUCAAUCCAGUGUCCCUACGGAAAUUGUGCAAAUAUUUUGUUCUGCUGUUACUGCGUGUACAUAGUUAGCGAAUAAGUAUGAUGUAAUAGUAUUUCAAACUCAUCUGCCCGUCAACUCACUCGCUAUAAGUAAGCGAUAGUCCUUAUCCCAAUGGCUUCAAUUUUUUAUGUCCACGAUGUAUAUGUUCAUGCAAGCAGGAAAUUCGAAAUAAAUCAAAGCACUUAUUAGAA